CGGGGCGGGCAGAGCCACUUCCGGCGGGUGACCCUGGCGAGUCCUUCUGUGGGGCGGGAGCGGAGCCAUGGGGCUGCGGGACAGCGUCGUGCACGCCGGGGAGCCCGAGGAGGAGGAGGAGGAAGAGCUGGUGGAUCCCUUAACCACCAUCCGUGAGCACUGCGAGCAGACGGAGAAAUGCGUGAAGGCGCGGGAGCGGCUGGAGCUGUGCGACGCCCGGGUCUCCUCCAGGUCCCAGACAGAAGAGCAGUGCACAGAGGAGCUUUUUGACUUCCUGCACGCCAGGGACCACUGCGUUGCUCACAAACUCUUUAAGAACCUGAAGUGAAGGCGGGCGCGAUUGUCCAUCUGCUUCCACAGCCAGUGGCGGCGGUUCCUGGAUCCACAGUCCUGCUUCCCGCCCGUUCAUUCUCCAUGACAAGUACAAACGAAACGGCUUCCUGGCAGCGACCGAGCGUCAGCAUGUCACUGCGUCUCUUCUCGUGGAAGAUGCGCAGCGGUGCGAAAAUAUAUUGAUGUUCUGUAGUUUUCCAUAUUAAACAUUCAAAGUUCCCAUGGAAA